UGCAUUUAAUCAAAAGAAUCGAAUCAUCAAGUGGUUUACAAGCGAAUUGGGCGUUUCGUCUCUCUCACUUUUCCCUCUGUUUCUCUCACUUCCAUCGCUUUCUCUCUAAAACCCAAGCUUUAAACUUUUCCUCAUUCCUCUGUUUUUUUAUAUAUACAGAGCUACGAGUAUCCUAUAUUUGAGCCCAGCUAAAAAGGGUCUUUUUCUUCUUCUUCUUCUUCAAACCUCAUGAAUCCAACAACCUCAUCGAUUCCUAUUCGGUUUAGUUCUGCAGCUUUUCAGGCGUCUCGCCGUCUUUGAACUCUGAAUUCGGCGGUGCCUCUGUUUUCCUCUCUUUUUUACUGCCAUUUCUGGGGAAUUUGGUGGCGCAUUAAAGUUGGGGCUUUCAUUCAGUCCAGCUACUUAAUUUUCCUUCUUCACUCGGUGCAUUUAAGACCCCUUUUCAGCCGAUCUGGGUUUUCUUCAUUCUUUCCACGAAAGAGACAUUUCGAACUAAGGAAUUUAGGUUUGUGAAAGAAACCAAAGACAAUGUUGCCUCAGAAACUAGCAGAGGAAGCCAUAGUCCCCAACUUGAACGAAACAGAGCAUGAAGGCAAGGAAGAAGAUAAAGAAUCUCAGUCCAUUUUCAGUGUCAAAAACCUUCUCUGGCAUGGCGGUUCUUCCUGGGAUGCCUGGUUCAGUUGCGCUUCUAAUCAAGUUGCGCAAGUUCUGUUAACACUGCCGUAUUCCUUUUCCCAGCUGGGAAUGCUUUCUGGGAUAUUGUUUCAGAUUUUCUAUGGAAUAAUGGGUAGCUGGACUGCUUAUAUAAUCAGUGUUCUCUACAUUGAAUACAGAAGUAGGAAGGAGAAAGAGAACGUGAGCUUCAAAAACCAUGUGAUUCAGUGGUUUGAAGUGCUCGAUGGCUUACUGGGUCCUUAUUGGAAAGCCAUCGGCCUUGCUUUCAACUGUACCUUCCUCUUGUUUGGAUCGGUCAUUCAGCUCAUUGCUUGUGCAAGUAAUAUUUAUUACAUCAAUGACCAUUUGGACAAGAGGACUUGGACUUAUAUUUUUGGAGCUUGUUGUGCUACAACCGUUUUCAUUCCUUCUUUCCAUAACUACCGGAUGUGGUCGUUUUUGGGCCUUGGAAUGACCACUUACACUGCCUGGUACAUGGCCAUCGCCGCCAUUGUCCACGGCCAGGUUGAGGGUGUCCAGCACUCUGGCCCAAAGAAAUUGGUUCUGUACUUCACCGGCGCCACUAACAUUCUUUACACAUUUGGAGGCCAUGCUGUGACUGUUGAAAUUAUGCACGCCAUGUGGAAGCCUCAGAAGUUCAAGUACAUCUAUUUGAUGGCCACGUUGUAUGUUUUCACCUUGACGCUUCCGUCGGCCUCCGCCGUGUAUUGGGCCUUCGGCGACGAGCUUCUGAACCACUCCAACGCCUUUUCCCUCCUUCCGAAGUCCGGCUUCCGUGACGCCGCCGUCAUCCUCAUGCUCAUCCACCAGUUUAUUACGUUCGGGUUCGCUUGUACGCCGUUGUACUUCGUUUGGGAGAAAGUGAUUGGAAUGCAUGAUACAAAGAGCAUCUGUUUGAGGGCUGUUGCCAGAUUACCAGUGGUGGUUCCGAUUUGGUUUUUGGCCAUUAUUUUCCCUUUCUUUGGGCCAAUUAACUCUGCCGUGGGAGCUUUGUUGGUGAGUUUCACAGUGUAUAUCAUCCCUGCUCUGGCUCAUAUGCUCACCUACAGAAAGGCCUCUGCUCGACUGAAUGCGGCGGAGAAGCCUCCGUUCUUCAUGCCGAGCUGGGUCGGAAUGUACGCAUUGAACACCUUUGUGGUGGCGUGGGUACUCGUGGUCGGGUUCGGGUUUGGAGGAUGGGCUAGCAUGACGAACUUCGUUAGGCAAGUCGACACGUUCGGACUCUUCGCCAAAUGCUAUCAAUGCAAGCCUCCGCCCCCACCUGCUGCUGUGGCUGCCGCUCCCCAUCACUGAACUCCAGCCUCCGCCGCCCGUCAUCUCCUCCAUAUUUUGUAUCAUGCCCCUCUCCCUCUCUGAGUGUGUUAGAUUUGUCUGUGAUCUUCUUUCCCUAGUGUGCUGAAUGGGUAAUGAUUCUCAUCCAGUCAAAAUCAAUGGCUCAAUUUAGUUAACUAUAUUAUAUUAUAUCAUAUUAUAUUAUAUAUUAUACUUGUAGCUUAUUUAAUAUUUUAUUUUUACCAUUCCCAUAAAUUUAAGAACUAGCUUAUCUCA